CAUGCGGCGCUGUACGUCCGACAAUGAUCAUCCAAACACAACUUAGUUUACUGUGUUCAGAACGCCAUGUUAAAGGAUCACACUUCACUUGGAAGAGCAGACAAUUCUGAUAUCAAACGAUUUCUAUUUACUUUGCAUAUCCUCAGUGAUUCUUAUAUUUAAAAUGUUAAAGUGGCGAAAAUGUAUGUUUUGGACAACUGGAAGUAUCAGUGUGGAUAUUAUAUUAAUGCUGGCAUUGUCAUCGACUGCACAGACAUCAGAAUCACCAAUCAUAGAAAAAUUUCAAUUUAAAGAAAACAUUAAAGAAGGAGACUUUGUUUCCGUUCUUUGCAUUGUGAAGACGGGAACUCAACCAAUUAGUUUCUUUUGGUAUAAAAAUGGUGAGGAAUUCCAAGCUACUAACAAAGAUGUGAGCAUCGAAAAUUCUCCUAUAUCAUCUAUUCUUGUUAUGAACGCUGUUACUUCUAAAAGUAAUGGUAAUUACACUUGUACAGCCAAAAACAAUUUCGGUAGUGAUCGUCAUUCAACAACUUUGAAAGUGAAAGCUCCUCCUCUAUGGGUGGAACAGCCUAAGAAUGUGACUACUGUAAUUGGAGAGGCUAUCAGUAUUAACUGCAAAGCAUCUGGGUCACCAGAUCCACGCACUUUUUGGAGAAAACGUUCAGGAUCUGGUGCACUUAUGGAAAUAAAUGCCACUUCGUCGCACUCCAAACAAAACAGCACAGUUCUGCAUAUUUCUAAAGUUUCUUCUGACGACGCUGGAAUGUAUGAAUGCAUUGCAGAUAACGGAAUUCCACCAACAAUUAUUUCUAAUUUUACCAUUACUAUUCGUGUUGAUUUUACUGUCAACGUGUGGCGCUGUACGUCCGAUAUCGUUUCUAGCAUUAGUUGUUCACAAAACAGAUCUAGGAGCGCCAUAUUAAAGACACAAGUAAAAAGCAGGAAUGUUUACUUCGACAGUGGUUUCUGGUUUAUCCAAAAAAUCUAA